AUGGCGUCUGCUGAUCUGAAAGAGAAGCUGGAAUGUUCCAUCUGUCGGAACAUUUAUACAGAUCCGGUAACCCUGAGAUGUGGACACAACUUCUGCUGGGAAUGUAUUGAAUGUAUGUUGGAUACACAGGACGGGUCUGGAGGAUAUUCCUGUCCUGAAUGCAGAGAAGAGUUCCAGGAGGGGUCUGCUCUGCAGAGGGACAUAACACUACAUAACAUUGUGGAGAAUUUCCUGUCUACUCAGCCAGAUCAGGAGGAGUCCGGGGUCCUCUGUACUUACUGUAUUCACACUCCUGUACCUGCUGUGAAAUCCUGUCUGCAUUGUGAAGCUUCUCUGUGUGACAACCACCUGAGACUCCACAGAAAGUCACCAGAACACGUCUUAUGUGACCUCACCACUUCCCUGGAGAACAUGAAAUGCUCCGUCCAUAAGAAGAUCCUGGAGUAUUACUGCACUGAGGACUCUGCCUGUAUCUGUGUGUCCUGCAGGCUGGAUGGAGAACAUCGAGGACAUCAGGUGGAGACUCUGGAUGAGGCCUCUGAGAAGAAGAAGAAGAAACUGAGAAAUGUUCUGCAGAAACUGAUGACAGAGAGAGAGGAGACGGAGAAAAGAGUCCAGAGUCUGGAGGAACACAGGAGGAAAGUACAAGGAGAAGCAGCCGAUGAAACAGAGAGAGUCACUGCCCUGCUCAGAGACCUCAGGAGACGUCUGGAGGACCUGGAGAAGAGAGUCCUGAGUGACAUCUCAGGGCAGGCAGAGCGGAUCUCCAUCCCCAUUAUGGAUAUGAUCCGGGAGCUGGAAAUAAAGAAGGACGAGCUGUCCAGGAAGAUGCGUGACAUUGAGGAGCUGUGUAACAUGACGGAUCCACUGACUGUCUUACAGGAAUCAGACACAGAUGACUUGUGUGAUACUGAGGAUGGAGAUGAUGAGGACAGAGAGAGACAUGAUAGACUCCUCCAUGAUGGAGGAGGUCUGGAUGUGGCUGGGAUCACACACACAUUACACACAGGUAUAUCUGAUAUCAUGUCUGGGGCUAGAGGAGCAAAUAUCAGGGCUGUACAGCAAACAUCGGGGGUGUCGGGGGUUACAGACAAAUUACUGGAUGUGAACACAGCUGGUAAUUAUCUAAAGAUAUCAGAUGACAGGAAAACGGCAUCCAGGUCAACAAGUAGCCAGAAUCGUCCAGAAACUCCAGCGAGAUUCAAACUAUCUCAGGUGUUGAUCAGUCAGAGUGUCACCUUUGGGCAACAUUACUGGGAAGUGGAUGUCGGGGGGUCAUUGAUCUGUAGAGUCGGGAUGUGUUACCCCAGUAUAGCCAGGAGUGGAGAACAAUCAUGGAUUGGAGAUAAUAAGAAGUCCUGGAGUUUGGAGAGAAAUUAUAAUCAGUACUCAGUGAGACAUGACAGUAAUCUGAUCAGAUUACCCGGCAAAGUCUCCAGUAACAGAGUCAGGAUAGAUCUGGAUUAUGAGGCCGGGUGGAUCUCCUUUUAUGAUCUGUGUGACCCGAUCCGACACCUCCACACCUUUACCACCACCUUCACUGAGCCCCUCCAUGCUGCGCUAUCAAUAUUGGAAGGUUGUAUAAAGAUAUCUGGGGGGAAUCGGAUUUGA